AUGGCUUUGAACAUGCCUUGGAUUUAUCCUGUUCGCGUCGUCCAGGUAGCUUUCGCGAUCAUCGUGCUCGGAUUGACGGCAUAUGGUAGGCCUACGCUCGUCCUGCUUGUUGUGCUGAUGGAAGACUUGCCUAACGCCCUAGCAGCUGUUACUGUAGUCCAGAGUGACACCGUCAAUUUCAUGCUUUUCAAUGGCGUCUGGACUGCCUUCGUUGCAACGCCCUAUCUUGCGCUGGCCCCAGUUUUCUUCCCUCAACUGGCGCAUCGCUUUGUCAUCCCAGCUGUGGAAAUUGUGACCAUGAUUUUCUGGUUUGCAGGGUUUAUUGCGCUUGGUGUUUUGCUUCCGUCUCCGGAUUACUGCCACUGGGGCCAAUGCAGGGCAUUGCAAGCUGCAACCGUGUUUGGGGCAUUCGAAUGCGCCAGAACGCUGAAGGCUCGACUGAUGGCCUUCAACGAGCUUGAGGUCACGGCUGCGCCAAAGGUCGCAGAAGACAAGGGCACGAUGUUAAACGAUGAGUCUGUCCAGGUCUACGACAACAGUUCCCCCCCGGCCUCGAACGAUCUGGACUGUGAGAAGCAUGGAGCUAGCCGUGAAUCGAAUCCGCUGCCCGAUCUCAAGCGGAAGCUGAAGAGCAGGCAUCUACAGAUGAUUGCCAUUGGUGGUACUAUCGGCACAGGUCUUUUCAUCAGUAGCGGUACCGCUAUCGCACAUGCAGGCCCCGUGGGGGCCCUCAUCGCCUAUAUGUUCGUUGGCUCCAUCGUCUACUCGGUCAUGACCUCUUUGGGAGAGAUCGCUACAUACAUUCCAAUCCCAGGAGCGUUCACCUCCUAUGCCACGCGGUUGAUUGACCCGAGUCUGGGUUUCGCCAUGGGUUGGAUUUAUUGGUUUUCUUGGGCCAUCACCUAUGCUCUUGAGCUGACCGCAACGGGUCUGAUCAUCCAAUUCUGGAAAUCGGAUAUCCAAAUCGCCAUCUUCAUUGCUGUCUUCUGGGUGAUGAUCACUCUUUUCAACUUCUUGCCUGUCAGUUUUUAUGGCGAGUUGGAAUUCUGGUUCUCAAGCAUCAAAGUUAUCACUGUCGUUGGGUUCAUGAUCUUCGCUAUUUGCAUUGACGCAGGUGCUGGUGACAAGGGCUACCUUGGUUUCCGGUACUGGUCGAACCCUGGGCCCUUUUCCCCUUACGAAGGCGUUCACCCCGAUUCCACCGCGAAGUUUGUCGGCUUCUGGGCUGUCCUGAUCCAGGCUGGAUUCUCAUACCAGGGAACUGAGCUUGUUGGCAUUGCUGCUGGUGAAACAGAAAAUCCCCGCAAGACUGUUCCUGCGGCCAUCCGCAAGACAUUCUUUCGAAUCCUGUUCUUUUUUGUCCUGACCAUCUUCUUUAUUGGUCUGCUGGUACCCUACACUAAUGAUAACCUUCUCACGGGUGGAAAUGACGCCAACUCCUCGCCCUUUGUCAUUGCUGCUAAGCUAGCAGGUGUGAAGGUUCUCCCGCAUAUCAUCAAUGCGGUCCUGCUGACUGUGGUUCUUUCUGCUGCGAACUCUAAUGUCUACAGUGGCAGCCGUAUCUUGAUUGGUCUGGCACAGGAAGGGUUCGCGCCGCGUUGGUUUAAGAAGACUAGCAAGAAAGGUGUUCCCUACUACAGUGUUGCAUUCACCUCAGCUUUUGGCCUGCUUGGAUUCAUGAAUGUUUCCAAUGCUGGUAGCACCGUAUUCAAUUGGUUCCUAAACAUCUCUGGUGUGGCAGGCUUCAUUACAUGGGCAUCCUUGAAUGCUUGUCAUAUCGCAUUCAUGCGAGCCGUAAAGGCUCGCAACAUUUCUCGCGACCUCCUCCCGUACAAGGCUUUGUGGCAGCCAUGGUAUGCCUACUAUGGCUUGUUCUUCAACAUCCUGAUCAUCCUCACACAGGGAUUCACUGCCUGGAUUCCGUCGUUCAGUGUGACCGACUUUUUCGUCGCCUACCUCAGUUUGAUUCUUUUCGUUGUGCUCUACCUGGGCCAUAAGAUCAUUUUCCGACCAGCGUUUGUGCGUCCAAUCGAAGCGGAUAUCGAUACUGGCCGCGUCGCUCUGGAAAACGAGAUGUGGGAGACAGUCACGCCCACCAAGUGGUAUCAGAAGUUGGGCAGUGCGAUCCUGGGAUAG